AUGACAUCCUUACAAACAGAGGAACUUCUUCAACGAUGUAGGCGAAUGGGUGAAUACAUUCAUAAAUUAAAAAAGUCUCAAAGCUUGCUUUUGAAGCAGUAUGAACAUGAAAGCAAAAGACAAAACCUGUUAAAAAUGCCUGAAAAUGUGUUCUUAACAUCUGGAAAACUGGGCUCAUUGAUUGACCUUGCCUUUUCACAAAACUUGCUUCAAGAAAAUUCCGUCCUAUAUGCAUUGUUAUGUGAUACUCUUACCUCACUAAUAAAAGCAGAAGCUGAAUGCAAAGACCCUACAAAGCUGGGGAAGAAAAUGCAACCGAAAGGAAUGCGCUUCCAUCCAGUUGUCUUGAAGUGGUGCGCAGAACUAGCAAGAAAGUGUGGCCAGGGAGGCUAUAACUUGGUAAGAGAAAUCUUACCAAUUCCAUCUCUCAUCACAGUUAAUAGCUACAGGCAAUCUCAAAAAUCUUACAGAGUUGUUUCACCAGAUAACUUAAAACUGUUCUCACAAGAACUCACAAGGCGUAACUGCAAGGGAAUAGGUGGCAUCCACUGGGACGAGAUUUACAUCAAAAAGGGUAUUAAAGUAUGUGCUAGAACCAACGAACUUGUUGGUUUUGAGGACUUAGAGAUCCCUGAAAAUAUUUUAGAAGUGAUCAACAAGGAUGAAAAAGAGCCCAAAAAAACUAAUGGAUACCAAAUAUUUCAAAGCAAUGAUUGUGAAGAUUCCUUGACUGAUGAAGCCUUCACAUGCAAUGAAACAGAUGAAGAAUUGACAGAAACCUCCAGCAGACCAGUCGCCAAAAUAAUCCUCCUGAGUUCUUCUGGUCUUCUAUAG